AUUCUAGCAAUUAGGCUUUACGCUACGCAAAUGUGUUAUUAAUGCUAUUCCCGAAACACAGAUAACGCCUAGUAAUCCUUCAGAGCCCUUUUGUGGAAUUCACACAAUGGCGACAUUGUAAAUAUUACUAGUUGCUGGAAUCUCUACAUGAUGGAUUUUUAUGCAAGGCUGACGGAAUCACACGACGAUGGCGAGAAAUCCGUGGAAGCACCCAAAGUGAGGAAGUGCAAUGUACUCAUGUCCUUGGCGUUGAGUGUAGUUAAGCGUGAAAGUGAAAAGGCGGCGCUACUGAAGCUUAAGGGAUAUGAAAGGGCUGACAUUGAACGAAACCGGGGGAAGCACUCUGUUGUAUGCCGCCAUUGGUUGAAGGGCAUGUGUAUGAAAGGUGAAUUCUGCGAUUUCCUUCACCAACUGGUCUACUCCCGUAUGCCUCCAUGUAGACUAUUCGAGAAGAAUGGUUUCUGUAUCGACAACCAGCGUGGCAACUGCAUAUUCCAGCACAUUGUUGAGCAACCUGAAUCCAUCACAGCUCAGGACCCUAGAAUAAAGGAGGCUAUCGCAAACGGCAUCAACUUUGCCGAGAUAUCGCAUGAAACAGACCCCGAUGGUUUUGCCACUGCAUUCAUAUUAGCGGUGGCAUCAGUCUUCCCUAAGAUAACGGACUGUGCCAUUAUGGAGGAGGCCAUACCACCAUCACCGCAGCCGGUUGAUAUGCUGGACCCCGUUGAAGCCGUUGCCACUGAGGCUAGUAUCCCUGAGGACUCCAGGAUAGAUGACGCUCCUGUUAUAAGUGCGUCUAUACCUGGGUUACUUAAGUUUGAUUCUGCGUCUAUGAUUGAUGCUGAUCGGCGCUUACAUUCAUCAUUUGAUGUAAAUAGCAAGAACACUAAAUGCUUCAUGAUCAAGAGCAACAACAUGAUGAACAUUUACUUUUCCAUUUGCUAUGGCAUAUGGGCUACGGGUAUCAACAACACCGCCAAGCUGAUUAACGCAUUCCAAUCCUGUGAGCACGUGAUACUCAUAUUCUCUGGUAACGAGAGUGGUGGCUUCCAGGGAUACGCCAGGAUGAUGACAUUGCCCAUAAGUGGGCUUUACAAGGGCAUUUGGGGCAGUUUCCAAUCUAGGCUUGGUGACAACUUUAGGGUCAAGUGGAUCAAGCAGUGCUCCGUGGAAUUUGAAGUACUCAGGCACGUGACCAACCAGUAUAACCAGAAUUUGCCUUUGAAAAAAUCAAGGGAUGGUACCGAGCUACCUCUGGAUGUAGCUGAGAUCAUAUGCAACACUUUGUGGAACGCACCAGAUGACGACUUGCUGAAAGGAACGCCCAUGGCAACGUGGGAGCGCAUAGACCACAAGACAUACUUCGAGGAGCUAGAGAGCAAGAAUUUGCUAUACACCACUUUUGGGCUAUCGUUCUCACCUAUCAACCGUUAAUGGCCUAUAG